AUGAAGUUCUUUGCCUUCCUCCCAAUUGCUAUGCUUGCCGUUGGCGUGUCCUCCUCUCCGGUUCCUGCACCUGAGAAGAACGCCGUAGCCGAUGCAAACGACGUUGAUGAGAUCUCAACUCGCUCUCAGUGGUUCUACAACAAGCGGGACGAGGCUGUCAACGACGUCGAUGCCAUCUCGACCCGAUCCGAGUGGUUCUACAACAAAAAGCGCGCUGACGAUGCCAGUGCUCAUGUCCACGAUGCGAAUGACGUGGAUGAGAUCUCCACCCGUUCCCAGUGGUUCUACAACAAGCGGGAUGAAGACGCCAACGAUGUCGAUGCGAUCUCUACCCGAUCUGAGUGGUUCUACAACAAGCGUGCUGAGGCCGGAGAAGACAAUGUUGGCCAGGCCAACGAUGUCGACGAGAUCUCCACUAGGUCCCAGUGGUUUUACAACAAGAAGCGGGCCGAAGCGGCCGAGAACAACGCUGACGUGGCGAACGAUGUCGAUGAGAUUUCCACUAGGUCCCAGUGGUUCUACAACAAGAAGCGUUCGGAGGAGGCCAAUGAUGUUGAUGCGAUCUCUACUCGGUCUGAGUGGUUCUACAACUAG